ACAACGCUCCCAACUCCCGGAGAGGAAACAGCUGAGAGCAAAGAGCUGAGAGCAGCAGCAGCAGCAGCAGCAGCAGCAGCAGCAGCAGCAGCGACAACAACAUCAACAUCAACAACGAUGCUUUGCCGGAUGCACCUCGCUCCAUUCGCCUCCAGCUCCCUGGCCACCCGGCUGGGCACGGUGAGGACCCUCUGGCCGCACGCAGAGACCAUCUUCAGCGAGCUGCAGCAGGAGAUGGAGAAGGCUCGGCAGUUCAUGAGCAGCUUCGAGCAGCUCCUGAGCAGCCACGGACCCAUCGCCGCAGAGCAGGCACCGAGCAGCAGCGCAGCCCCAGCCCAGGGCUCCGGGGAGGGCUUCUCCGUCUGCCAGGAUGUGAAGAACUUCGCCCCUGAGCAGCUGUCGGUGAAGGUGGUGGGCAGGAAGGUGGUGCUGGUGGGGCAGAAGGAGACGCAGAACACGGACGAGAAGGGCUCCUUCUCCUACAAGUACGAGGUGCUGAAGCGCGAGUGGGACGUGCCCGAGGAGGUGGACGCCGAGGCGCUGACCUGCUCCCUGUCCCCGGAGGGGCAGCUGCGCAUCGAGGCCCCCCGGCUGGCCCUGCCGUCUUCUGCUGAGAGGAGUGUGCCCAUCCAGGUGAGCCCCGCAGCUCCGCAGCCCGGGGCAGCCAAGGAUGGAGCUGUCAGCAAAGCCCAGGCGUGAUGGGACGGAACAACGGUCUGCAUCGGGACCAGCAGAGACGGCAGUGAGUCUGGGGCUCUCGCCCAGACACGCUCCAUCCAUCAUGUUUUUCACUAUACUGGAAUGUCCUCGUUUUUGUAUCCAAUAAAAAAACGUUUUGCAUAGAA